CUUGGGGAGGGAUCCGGGUGCGCACAGAGACCCUACGCGGCGGUGCGCUUCCAGCCCGUCCGCGGACUCAGCGCUCUGCGACGGGGCAGGCGCCGUGUUCCCUGGCGGGGACCUAUCUGCACUGGGAGCCCCAGCUUCCUUGGGGUUCUGCCCCAAUACUUAUGGUUGCCACAACCUCGGGCCUUCUGGAAGGCGCCCCUCCCCAGGACCGAGAUCCGCCGAGGCCUGCCAGGUCCCCCACCCCUCCGGUUUCAUGAUCAUAGCUCAGCGUCCCGAAAUAGUCCCUGGGGCGGGAGAGGGGGCGUAUGGCGUCGGCUCUGACGGCGUAAUGAGGGGGUCUCAGGCAGAGGAUCCGGAUCUAGCCGUGACAGCCAGGGUUUGGAGCUGAGGACCUGGGAGGGCAGGAGCAGAGGAGAGGGGCCCCCACUUCAGGGAGUCUGCAGCCCCUGCAGGCAGAGGUGUGAGCCCGUCCUUCCACACCCCCCAGUCCCAAUCAGGGGCAUCGGUGGAGAGACUGACAGGGCGCAGCCUGGGAGGGCCGAACCUCUUCAGGCUCCCUGGCAAGGGGAAGGGGCUGCUUUUAGAAUCUAUUCAAGUUUAGGGGCCAAUUUAGGGACUCUGGGCAAGCUAUGUGGGUUCAAAUCCUGCCUCUGUCCAUGUGUGACAGGACAUUUAAUCGCAGCUCAGUUUCUCCAUUUGUACAAUGGAAGAAGGACAAUGAUAAUAGAAAGGCCAAUCUCAGAGGGUGUAGCUAGGAUUUAAAAAAAAAAAAUCUCUAUACCCAUAAAUUGCUAGAAUAGAGGCUGGCUCAUAGUAAAUGCCAAAAGUGUUGUUAGCAUUAUUUGCCAUUCUGGGGGCAUCCACCUGUUUUUCAGCCCUGCCUCUGGGUCUGGCUGCUCCAGCUGGUUUAGGUCUUAGAACAACCCACUGAUGUUUUCUGAGAUCCCUUGGCUCAGAUUUAGGUGUGAUCAGGUCACUGGAGGAGGGAGCUGACCUCACUGAGUCACACAGCCAGCCGUGAGAAAGGCAGGUGCAGACCCCUGAGCCUUGAUCCCAGGUUUUUCCACAACCCAGUUCUUCCCUCACAAUUUCCGGAAAACAAGCCAUGAGAUGCACUGGCUGUCCUCCGGGAUGACCUGCUGCCCUGCUGGCCCACCCCUUGCAGCUGCUGUGAGGGGAUGGGAAACAGCUGCUUGGGGACUGGAAAGGGCUCCCCCAUCUGACCUUGGAGUGGGAAGGGAGGUGUUAGGGACCCAGGGUAAACAGAGGUGGGCUGUGGAAGCGUUCCCCCCAUCCGUGGGGCAGGGUGGUCAGACAGGCUGAAGGGUGCUCACUGCUUGGUAAUGUCAGGCACAUAGGCGGUCACUUGGAAUGUGAAAGUCAGCUGGGAGGGUCACCAGGGGCUUAGUGCAGAUGGCAGUGGGCCAGAGAAAGUGUGAAUCCGGCCUGGCAGGGCUAGACAGGCAAGAGGGUAGUGAGAAGUUGUGGCUGGGCUCUGCUAGCAAGGAGUCGCCAGGAGCUGGACUGAGCCCAAUUCAAGGGCAUUUAUUUCCCAUAGAUGAGAUUAAAUUAAUUGCUAUGUGCCUCAGUUUCUCCAUCUGUAGAAUGGGAAUGAUAAUAUCUACCUUGUAGGAUUGUAGAAGAGCCUCUCUACAUUUACUCUGGCAGGGCAUAAAGUGGGCACUCAAUACAAGCUCCCUUCUGCUCCCUGCAGGUUUUCCCAUGUGGGCUUUCCAAAGUCCCAUCUUGCCCACUCUGUGCUUUUUGUUUGUUUUUUGUAGAGAUAGAGUCUCACUUUACCGCCUUCAGUAGAGUGCCAUGACAUCACAGGACUCACAGCAACCUCCAGCUCUUGGGCUUCCGCGAUUCUCCUGCCUCAGCCUCCCGAGCAGCUGGGACUACAGGCGCCUGCCACAACGCCCAGCUAUUUUUUGGUUGCAUUUCAGCCGGGGCUGGGUUUGAACCCACCACCCUUGGUAUAUGGGGCCGGCACCCUACUCACUGAGCCACAGGAACCACCCACACUCUGUGCUUUUUGAAUCAAAGUUCUGGACUUAAUAUUUGUCCCUGUUAAAUGUCAUAUUAUUAAAUGUAGCCCAAUAUUCCUUAUUUUCUUAGAGCUUCCAUCAUGUCUCCUGAAUAGUCUCUUUUAAAGCCAACCCCAUGAAUAGGCACAGCUCUGACAACCUGGGUGCUUGUGGUUCCAUUACGAGCUCUUACAAGCCAAAGACAAAGCCCUGUGGCUCUACAAAGGAGACAUUCCCAGGAGACAAGUGUGCACUGAUCUGCAUCCUCAGUGCAUCCAGCCCACAAUUUCCCAUCAUUCCUACAAGGGUCUCCCAAGUUUCUUUGAUAAAAAUUCUGCUGCACACAGGCUUGGCGCCCGUAGCUCAGUAGUUAGGGUGCCGGCCACAUACGCUGGGGCUGGCAGGUUUGAACACAGCCUGGGCCUGCUAGAACAACAAUGACAACUACAACAACAAAAAUAGCUGGGCGUUGUGGCAGGCGCCUGUAGUCCUAGCUACAUGAGAGGCUGAGACAAGAGAAUUGCUUAAGCCCAAGAGUUUGAGGUUGCUGUGAGCUGUGACGCCACGACACUCUAACGAGGGCAACAUAGUGAGACUCUGUCUCAAAAAAAAAAAAAAAGAAUUCAGAUGCACAAUUACAUCGUUUGCAUUUUUCUAAGGGAAAAAAAAUUUUCAAAUAUCUUGUUCAAUUAUACAUGUAUCUAUAUGUACACAGAGUGCCAAAAAAAUUAUAUGCAUUUUGGGCAGCGCCUGUGGCUCAAAGGAGUAGGGCACCGGCCUGGUACCGGCCAAAAAAAAAAAAAAAAUUAUAUGCAUUUUAAGAAAGGAAAAAACUGUAUUAAAUUGCAAUAUUCAAUAUGUACCAAUAACAUUCAUUAUCUCCUAUAUGGUAUCUUGUAUCUCUUGUAAUUGCAGAAGUCAAACACGGCUUGAGUAUUACAAUUUUAAUAGUUUUCUUUCUUAAAAUGUGUAUACACUUUUUUACACCCUCUGUGUAUAAAUGCUGAAUCUGUCCAGAAGAGUUUUUAAUGAGCCCAUGAAGGGUUGGAGAUAGAGCCUCACUAUGUCGCCCUCCGUAGAGUGCUGUGGUGACACAGCUCACAGCAACCUCAAACUCUUGGGCAUAAGCGAUUCUCUUGCCUCAGCUUCCCAAGUAGCUGAGACUACAGGCACCCACCACAACGACCAGAUGGGGGUCUCACUCUUGCUCAGGUUGGUUUCAAACUCCUGACCUCAAGUGACCUUGGCUUCCUGGAGUGCUGGGAUUACAGAUUAAGUCAAAGUUACAAGUGUGCCCUUCACCCAGAUAGUGUGCUCUGCACUCAGCAGGGUCUGUCUAGGAGCUACUGGAGAAAACAUGGCCAAGUUUGCCCUGAAUCAGAACCUGCCCGACAUGGGUGGCACUCGUCUGUGCUCGGGCCCAACCGAGGGCGUUCACAGUCCGAGCUCUCCCUACUCGGUGGAGACGCCCUACGGCUUCCACCUAGACCUGGACUUCCUCAAGUAUGUGGAGGAGCUAGAGCGCGGCCCCACAGCCCGCGGAGCCCCGGGAGCCCCACCCUCGCGCCGUCCACGCGCACCGCGGCCCGGCCUCGCGGGCGUGCGCAGCCUUGGAGCCUGGACGUCCAGCGAGUCCCUGGCGAGUGACGAUGGCGGAGCGUCGGGCGCGCUUUCCCCGGGAGCACCUCCGGGGCUCCUGCUGCCACCCGUGUCGCCGCGCGCGCCGGUGCUCAACCCGUGCGUCGAGCACACGCUGAUGGAGACCAGCAGGCGGCUGGAGCUAGCACAGGCGCACGAGAGCGUGCGCGGUCCGGCCUGCACGGUCCCGCUCAGCCCGCGGGGGUCGGGCCGCAGCAGUCCUUCCCCCAACCCGGCCCCGGCCUCGCCAGGGCCCGCGCAGCUCCAGCUGGUGCGCGAGCAGAUGGCCGCAGCACUGCGGCGGCUGCGAGAGGUGGAAGACCAGGCGCGUGCGCUGCCCGAGCUGCAGGAGCAGGUUCGCGUGCUGCGCGCAGAGAAGGCGCGGCUGUUGGCCCGACGCGCGCAGCCAGAGUCCGAUAGGGAGGCCGACGCGCGUCGGGACAAGCUCUCACAGCUGCGGCGGCUCACUGAGCGCCUGGCCACCUCCGAGCGCGGCGUCCGUGCCAGGGCCUGUCCCCGGGAGGAUGAUCUCUACGAGUUGGCUGCCAGGCUCAGCGAGAGCGCGCUCCUCGUCCUCGACGGCGCGGCCGGGACGCCCGACGGGAAGCCCCAGACCCGGGAGGUGGGCGCUGAGAUCAUGCCCGAGACCCGAGACGAGGGUGCCCAAGUGGUUCCGGAGACCCGGGAGGUGGGCGUGGACGCAGCCCGCGAGACCGUUGAGGCGGACGCGUGGGUGACCCAGGCGCUGCUGGGGCUGCCCGCGCCUGCCGAGCGCGAGCUGGAGCUGCUGCGCGCCAGCGUGGAGCACCAGCGCGGGGUGAGCGAGCUCCUGCGUGGUCGGCUGCGAGAACUGGAGGAAGCACGCGAGGCGGCGGAGGAGGCGGCGGCCCAGUCCCAGCCGCGCGAGGUCGCCAUCCAGACCCUGUGGAGAUGUACGGAGAAGGCCACGCAAACCGAGUCCCCGGCGGAGGCCCCGCCCUUGACUCAGGGGAACCCGCCGGGAUCCAGGGAUGCAGACAAGGCCGUGGCCCCUGCUGCCGUCCUCAAAUCCAUCAUGAAGAGAGACGGUACACCCGGUGCCCAACCCAGCCCAGGACUCAAAAGCCUGCAGUUUGUUGGGGUCCUCAACGGAGAGUACGAGAGCUCGUCUAGCGAGGACGUCAGCGACUGCGACAGCGAGGAUGGUGGCGCCGAGCCCCCUAGGAGCUCCUCGGGUUCUGGGGACGACAGCGACGGGGGAUCAGACUCCGGCCUUCCUACCAGUGGGGAUCUCCAGGACCCUGAGCCCGAGGCAGAGUCUCUGCCGGUGGCACAGGGGAGGUGUGAGCUGAGCCCGCGGCUGAGGGAGGCGUGCGCAGCGCUGCAGCGGCAGCUAAGCCGACCUCGCGGAGGAGCGUGCAACAGCGGCGUUGCUCACCUGGUGGCCCAGGAGUGGUUUCGAGUGGCCAGCCAGCGGCGCUCUCUGGCAGAGCCUGUGGCCAAGGUGCUGGAAGGAGUGGCGAGCCUGGGACCAGAGCUGCUGGCCCACGUGGUGAACCUGGUGGAUGGCAACGGGAACACGGCGCUGCAUUACAGCGUUUCUCAUGGGAACCUGGCCAUCUCGAGGCUGCUGCUGGAUACGGGGGUCUGUGACGUUGAUUGCCAGAAUAGAGCUGGCUACUCAGCCCUCAUGCUGGCUGCGCUCACUAAUGUGGGGCAGGAAAAGGAGGACAUGGCUGUGGUACAGAGACUCUUCCGCAUAGGUGAUGUCAAUGCCAAGGCCAGCCAGACAGGGCAGACGGCCCUCAUGCUGGCCAUUAGCCAUGGCCGUCAGGACAUGGUGGCAGCUCUGCUGGCAUGUGGGGCUGAUGUGAACACACAGGAUGCAGAUGGGGCCACAGCACUGAUGUGUGCUAGCGAGUACGGGUGCCUGGAUACUGUGCAGCUGCUGCUGGCCCAGCCAGGUUGUGACCCCACCAUUCUGGACAAUGAGGGCACCAGUGCCCUGGCCAUUGCCCUGGAGGCCAAGCAGGAUGAGGUGGCUGCUCUGCUGCAUGCUCACCUGAGCUUGAACCAGCCUGAGUCCCAGAGCCAGUCAUCCUCUGAGUUCCCCACAGUCACACCUGGUGAAGGAUGCAGUGACACUGCUGGGGACCACCAGCCUCAGUGAGCUGCUGGGCUCAGUGGACCUGGAUGAGAGAUCUUUCUUCCCCCAAAUGAACUUCUGGGACACAGAAGAAGCCAGGAUCCUCUGUGGAGGUGAUAACCCAGGUCAAAAGCAAGGAUGUUUUAGCUUCGAUGGUUGUGUCCAGGGAGGGGCUCACACUAGACCCAUGAAGUGAGGUGGGUGCUGAGUGAUACAGCCCUAGUUCACCCACUUCCCAAAACUUCUUUCCCAAUAAACAAUCCCUACUAAGCUUGUGUCCUGUCUA